UCAUAAGGAGCAAAUUGACAAGCUCACUCUGGAGAUGUCGGCCCUGGAAAAGAAGUUGCAGAGGGAGAGGGGGAUCACACAGGAACUCCGCAAACAGCUCUUGGAACGCGAGGAGGAACUUGAAACGCUCUCCACUACUCUUCAGCAGAAUGGAAGGCGGGCGGGCGAGGAGACCCCCGGGCCGUGUCUGAAAGAGGCCGGGCCCCUGUUGAAGGAGAUGUCCCUGUGUCUGCUGGAUCUUAAGGGCCUGUGCAGUGUCCUUACACAGAGAGCUCAAGGCAAAGAGCCCAAUCUGGCCCUGCUCCUCGGCAUCAAAUCGAUGGGCUGCUCGGCGGAGGAAAGUGAGAAGCCGCUGAUGGAGGACGGUUUGCGGGCCAAGCUGGUGGAGGUGUGCCAGCUGAGGAAAGACAUUGACGAGCUGCGGACGGUCAUCUCGGACCGGUACGCACAGGACAUGGGUGAAAACUGUGUGACGCAAUGACACCCGACUCCAGAGAGCUUGUAAAGGGAGAAAAAAAGUCAUCCUGAUGAAACAAACAAGGUCUUUCUGACUGCUUAAGGUUGGACCAAGCUGUGAAUCCAGUUACAGGACGAUCGUUAUUAUUUUUGUUUUCUUGUGGACGUUGAAUCUUCAAGGAAUGUGUUUUUAAUCUAUUUAUUGAGACUGUUGGAGGCCUUGCUGGUCCUGUCAGUCGUCAUUGAGGGGAAGUAGAGCAAGUGGUGUCCUAAAGUGCCUUGUGUUCCUGUUUCUGUCCCUCCAAACUUCAUGAAGCCACAGUCAUUUUUUACCCAAAGAAGCUGGUCCAUCCUCUUCCCUACAGCUACAGGUCGCAGGUCGACAUUCAGGAUCCUCUGCAUCUCAUCCGAAGUACUCCAUGAAAACUAGUGUAAAUGUUUUGUUUAAAUAUAAAAGACAGCAAAAGAAUCCAGGUUAAUCUAUUCAGGACACUGUUUAACUUUUUAAUUAGCAUAAAAUAUGAGCUGCUUUUUUAGCGCUGCAGCACAGUUCAGUUCAGAACAAGUUGCACACGUUGAGUUCCUAAGUCAGACAGGAAACGGAAUUUUUCUGCAGAUGACACACUUCCUGUGACCUCCUGACUGUUUAUAUACUCCAGAUAAUACAUAUAGUCCUUGUUAUAAUUAGGAAUAUGGAUGAAAUCAAUGCAAAACCUUGUUCACUCAGGUAUUUUUUAGAGUUUCCUUUCAUUCGUUGUGGUUCUGAGAUUGAACUCUUUUAAGUUCAUUUUGACCCCAAGCUGUUUGUUUUUUUUAUAUAUAUUUGAUAAUGUUAAGUCCAGAGAUGUGGUCAUGUCAACCUCUGCACAUGUAUUUGCAUCAAUGUGAUGAAUGGUUGAAAUAUUUUCAGUACAAAAAUGUCAAUUUACUGCUCAUGUAUUGUGACUGAUCUCAUAUUUAAAUGUAUAUUAAGCAUGUUUAGAAUUUCAAAUGGAGGUUUAUGUCAUAAUGUGCUCAUGAUAUCUUGUGCAUGUGCAUAGCGUUAGAAUUAGGUUUCUUUUAUGUAAAGGCAUUGAUUAGCUAAAUAUUACAAGUUAACUGUGCUAUGCAAUGUCACAUUAACCAGCAGUUAUUCCACAUUUCUGCAGAUAUUUAAUAUUGUUCUGUGCCUUUUAGAAUCUAUGCAGCUGAACGACAGUAAGCGAAGGGUAUUUUCCGUAACUGGCAGAGACAGUUUUUCUUUUCUGAGAACUUUAUUUCAUAAAGGUGCAGGUGAGCUAAGCCAUAUUCAAAAGCAAAUGCAUAUUUAUUCUCAGGCAAAGAUGGAGAAUGUUUGUGGUGCUCUUCAUUGUGUAUUACAGGACAGUGUGAUAUCUGAUAGCAUGCUGAAUUGUGUGUAUAUAUGAAAGCAAUGCGCAUUGAUUGACAUGACCAACUCACUGUGCCUGAAAGCCACUGGUUGGCUCUGGUUAACUGGUUAACUUCACAUCAGUCUUUUAAAUCUUAAGUUUCAUUUUCCAGCUAGAUUUUACAAAAGCCAAAGGUCUAUUUAUGUAUUUUUUUUCCCUCAAAAGUAUUAACUAUUUUUGCAUUUUGUAAAAUGCUUUUCAUUUGUACAAAUGUUAAAUAAAGUAUUUUUCU